AUGGCCGAAAUCGACGUUGCGGCACCGAUUGAACUGCCGGUCAUUGACAUCUCCGAUCCCCAUGACCCCGCCGUGGGGAAGGCGAUGCUCGACGCCGCCGCCAAGUAUGGAUUUCUCUAUGUGAACAGCAAGGGCUCUGACUUUACCCCGAAAGACGUGGAUCAUGCCUUUGGUCUGUCAAAGAAGUUCUUUGCAUCCCCCGCUACGGAGAAGGAGACAUGCCGUAUCACGCCUAAUAACCGUGGCUGGUCAGGCAUGCACACAGAAACCCUUGACCCCGAGCACCAGCGCACUGGUGACUUCAAGGAAGCCAUGAAUUUCGGUGACUUCCAAGCCGGCAAAGCGCAACAACCUAUCCCACCAGUCCUGGCACCACACGAGUCCGAAAUCAGCGACUUCGCUAUCCUUUGCAAUAAAACCUGCAAUCGAGUUCUUAACCUGCUCGCCCUGGGCCUUGAGAUGCCCCAAGACUUCUUCACAACCCGCCACGACCCAAGCGGCGGACCAACAGGAAGUAUCCUGCGCUACCUAUACUACCCUUCAAUUUUCUCCCCAGCAACAGCCUCUUAUAAGCACGACAAGGACGUCCGCGCUGGCGCACACUCCGACUACGGCAGCAUCACGCUCCUCUUCCAAAAACCCGGCCAGCCGGGCCUGGAAAUUCUCACGCCGGAUGGGAGCUGGGCACCUGUGCCCAUCGUCCCGGGUAAUGAUGCCUCUGCAUUCCCUUUCCCGCCUAUCCUAGUGAAUAUCGGAGAUCUACUUAGCUACUGGACGGAUGGAUUGCUCAAGUCUACCGUGCACCGGGUUGUGUUCCCGUUGGCGGAGCAGCGGAGUCCGAACCCGCAGGAUCGGUAUACGCUUGUUUAUUUCUGUCAUCCUGUUGAUGCGACCGAGCUUGUUCCUGUGCCUAGUGAGGUUGUUAAGGGCCAUCGGGCUAAGGCUGGAGGUGUGGGUGUUGUAGGCUUUGGUGGUGGUGCGGGGACUUUGGAGCCUGGGAAGAGACCUUUGACUGCGGCGGAGCAUUUGGAGUCGAGACUGGCGGCUACGUAUGGGUUUACGAAGGAGUAA